CUGUCAUUUCUCAUUAAGACCUCUCUCCCUCUCUUACAAAUCCCCUAAAAAAAAGAUGCUUAAACCAUAAGAAAGCCAAAUCUCAAAUCUUUUUGCCUAAAUAUUAGACUAUUUAUUCUCCAUAAUUAAUUUUUAAUUACCAAAAAGAAGUCUUCUUAAUGGAAUAUUAAGGCAAACCAUUUACAGAUAUCAACAAAAGGAAAGGUUUUUAAUAACUUUGAAAGAGAAAGAGAGAGAGAAGAUGUUCUUAAAAGGAUGAAUGAACAAAACAUCCUCUGUUUCUCUCUAUUCACAUUUCCUCAUCCCGGUCUUCUCCAUUAAUGAUUUCAAGAACACCAUUUGAUCAGGACAACAACAAACAACAAGAUCAGGUUCCGUCUUAGAUUUUCAGACAACAAAAGCAGAGGAGAGGAGCUAAGAGAGAGAUGGAAUCGGAUCUAGGGAAGCUCUUCAUUGGUGGCAUCUCAUGGGACACAGACGAAGAAAGGCUAAGAGAGUAUUUCACCAACUAUGGUGAGGUGGUCGAAGCUGUGAUCAUGAGAGACCGUGCCACGGGACGCGCACGUGGCUUCGGAUUCAUCGUCUUUGCUGAUCAUAGCGUUGCAGAGAGAGUCAUCUUGGAGAAACACAUCAUCGAUGGCCGCACGGUUGAGGCCAAGAAGGCUGUGCCUAGAGACGAUCAUCAGCAGGUGUUGAAACGACACGCUACUCCUAUGCACCUUAUGUCACCUGGUGGCAACAGGACAAAGAAGAUCUUUGUAGGAGGGUUACCGUCUAGCAUUACAGAGGCGGAGUUCAAGAACUACUUUGAUCAGUUCGGUACAGUUUGUGACGUUGUGGUGAUGUAUGACCACAACACGCAGAGGCCAAGAGGGUUUGGCUUCAUUACUUUUGAUUCUGAUGAUGCUGUUGAUAGGGUUCUCCACAAGACGUUCCAUGAGCUCAAUGGGAAGCUAGUUGAGGUCAAAAGAGCUGUCCCCAAGGAGGUCUCGCUUGUUUCCAACAUCCGGAGCCCGCUUCAUGGUGCUGCUAGUGGUGGUGGCGGCUAUGGAGGUGGUGGGGCUAAUAGGAUGACUGUUAAUAAUAGCUACUUCAACAACUUUGCUCCUGGACCUCCUGGUGGUUAUUACAACAAUCUAGGAGGAGGUGGCUCUGUUCUUGGUGGUCGGUUUAGUCCUGUUAUUGGUAGCGGUAGAUUGAAUUUGAACUUGAAUCCUAGCUACGAUGGAACAGAUUCUUCUGCGUUUGCGUUUAAUCGUUUCCCUAACAACCCUUACUUCAACGGCCCUUCUCCAAACCGUUACACCUCUCCAAUAGGGCAAAACAGAACCGAAUCUCUAUACAGUUCUUCUAGCAACAUAGACUUGUGGGGGAACAGAAGUGACCCUGCAGGUCCUGGAUGGAACUUGAAUGUGUCUAAUGGUAACAACAGAGGGAACUGGGGACUGCCUUCUUCUGCUGUUGUUGGUAAUGAUGACAAUGGUUAUGGGGGAAACUUCAGGACUGGCUCAGGACUUUCCGGGUCCCCUUUUGAAGGUUCUUCUAUAGGGGGGUUGUACAGAGGCGGUUCGGUUUAUAGCGACUCAACGUGGCAGCUACAGCAGCAGCAGCUACUACCACAGUCUUCUCAGGAGCUAGACGCUUUCUCUUACGGUUAUGACAUUGACAAUGUAGGCUCAGACCCUAAUGACUCAGAAGGUUACAAUGUUGGAAAUAGACAAACUAAUAGAGGUAUUGAGGCAUAGGUUAUCAAUAUCGAAAGCAAAAAGAUGUAUACAGUGCAGAGUUUGAAGAGGUUCUCAUGACAAAGGAAACCAACUUUGUUGAUAGCAGUUUUUGUUUUCUUACAUAAAAGAUAAAAUAUCUUAGCAGCAGCCAGAGAUAUACAACAAGAUGAAUGAAUGAAGAUUUGCUUUCAAAGUUCUUCUCAAAAGUUUUUUUUAUAAUGUUUUACUAGAAAUAACCAAACAAAGAUCGUAGACUUUUCGAUCAAGAUUCUUCAGGGUUCUAUGCUCUGUUUUGUACUUUUAAUUUUUAUUUUCUUCUUUUUUUUUCCCAAUGGAAUUGUUCAUGAUAUUUUACAUUUAGUGUGGGGAAAUUAUGUUGUAAGAGUAUGAAUAUUUUGUUGCAUAUUCCAACAAUGAGAUAUAUUUACUUUGGUAUA